AUGACGCGCAUUACCCACGUCCAGUUUGAGCAUUAUCACCCCCCUAAUACCAUCGGGGUGGAGGAGACUCGUCCACGGAUAUCCUGGCAGUUCGAGGAUUACCUUUCCAACUUCCAACAGGAUGCGUACGAAAUUGAGGUCUCAGAAGUGGCUUGGAAUUCGCAGGUCACUGUUCUUUCAUCUACCAAGCUCACAUCGCCCUCCUCGUAUCUCGUUCCCUGGCCACAUUCUCAGCCUUUGACCUCCCGCCAGAAAGUGUCGAUCCGAGUCAGAGCCUGGGAUCUGGAUGGCCACGGCACGGAAUGGAGCGAGCCCGUGUUUCUAGAAGUUGGUUUGCUCAAUUGGAGUGAUUGGAAGUGCGAGCGCAUCGCGGCUCCAUGGGGUCCAGGUACCUCCGGGCCUGACACUGAGCAGCUGUAUCGCAGGGACUUUAAAACACCGGAUUCUAUUGUCAAGGCCCGUCUUUAUAUCACCGCUCAAGGUGUAUACGAAGCAGAGAUUAACGGUCGUCGGGUGGGUGACCACUUCCUCGCUCCUGGGUGGACGACAUACGAUGGGAGACUGCAGUACCAAACCUACGAUAUCACAGAUUAUCUCUCGAUUGGCGAUAAUUGUAUCGGUGUUCGUGUUGCAGAGGGAUGGUUUUCCGGUCGCAUUGGCUUCGAAGGUGGGCAUCGCAAUAUCUGGGGCUCUCAUACGGCGCUGCUGGUCCAGAUAGAAGUGACAUCGAAGGAUGGGGAAGUGCAGACUAUUACAUCUGAUGGCUCUUGGAGAGUCACGCGAGGGCCCAUCCGGCGGGCUGAGAUAUACGAUGGGGAAAAAUAUGACGCUACCAAGGAAAUUCCCUCCUGGUCCUCACCUGGUAUCUCUCAAGAUGCCCCUGACUGGUCAACGGUUCUUCUCAUGCCACCUUUACCCGACUCGGUCAAGCUCACUUCUGGGUUCGGAGAGCCUGUCCGGCGGAUUGAAGCACUGAAGCCUGUGUCUACAAUUGUGACCUCAUCUGGAAAGGUCAUUCUCGACUUUGGCCAGAAUUUAGUGGGUCAUGUCAAGCUCUCCAACAUCAAGGGUCCCACCGGCCACAAGGUCAUUCUCUCUCAUGCAGAAGUGCUCGAAAAUGGAGAGCUCUGUACCAGACCGCUUCGCAUUUGCAAGGCUAUCGAUGAGUACACGCUCAGGGGCGAUGGCCAAGGCGAGGACUAUGCCCCAAGAUUUACCUUUCACGGAUUCCGCUACGCGCAGAUAGACAACUGGACUGGGGAGGAGUUGGAGACAUUUGCUGAAGCAAUCGUCUGCCAUACAGAUAUGAAGGUCGUGGGCGGAUUCUCCUGUUCAUAUCCGCUACUGAACCAGCUGUACCAGAAUAUAGUCUGGGGCAUGCGCGGGAACUUCUUCUCCGUGCCCACGGACUGUCCCCAGCGUGAUGAACGACUCGGUUGGUCGGGUGAUCUAGCAUUAUUCGCUCCUACGGCGGUGCUCAUCUACGACUGUUUCGGCUUCUUAAAGAACUGGCUGAUUGACGUGGAGUAUGACCAGAGUAUCCUGGGUGGAGUGCCAGCGAUGGUCACCCCUAAUGCAACGCUUCCCGAUCCAAUCUGGUGUCGACGCGUCCCUUGUGCCAUCUGGCACGAUGUCACAGUUCUCGCGCCUUGGGCGUUGUAUGAGGAGACAGGGGAUGAGAGUAUUCUAGCGCAGCAGUAUAACAGUAUGUUGACUUGGAUGCGGAAGGUGCCCCGGAAUAGCACUGGGGCUACGCACUUGUGGGACACGAGUGUUUUCAACCUCGGAGACUGGCUGGACCCUGCUGCGCCACCCAACGCCCCGUGGAAGGGCACCACGGACGCAAAAAUGGUCGCAAACGCCUUCCUCAUCCAUAGCCUGGACUUGAUGUGCAGGAUCUCCCAGAUUUUACGGCAAGAUGCUGAUGAAUCGCACUUUGUAUCAUGGUCCAAGUCCGCACGGAAAGAGUUCCAAGACGAAUACGUCACUGCAAAUGGACGCAUCGUCUCUGACUCCCAGACCGCAUAUGCCUUGGCCAUCUGCUUUGACCUGUUAAAUCCGAGUCAAAAAGUACAUGCGGGGGCGCGACUAGCAUACCUAGUCUGGAAGAACGAGUUUAAAAUCGGUACUGGGUUUGCCGGAACCCCCUAUGUCUGUGAAGCACUGGCCCAGACUGGGAAUAUCCAGGUGGCGUAUACGAUGUUACUCGAGGAGAAAUGUCCGUCUUGGCUAUAUCCGGUUACCAUGGGUGCGACCACAGUCUGGGAGCGGUGGGAUAGUAUGCUUCCUGAUGGAUCUGUUAACCCUGGUGAAAUGACCUCAUUUAACCACUAUGCCUUCGGUGCGAUUGCGAAAUUCAUGUAUGAACGGAUUGCGGGGCUGCAACGCGUUGAACCUGGUUGGAAGAGGUUCCGCGUUGCUCCGGAAAUUGGAGCGGAACUUUCGAAUGCUGCUGCUGAGCAUGCCACGCCGUUCGGGUUACUUUCAUGUUCGUGGGAGACAGAGAAGAAUGAGGAUGGAUCUGAGAGGUUCAGGUUGGAGGUGUCGGUUCCGUAUAGUACGACCUGUGAUGUCAUUCUUCCUGAUGGGGAUGGGAAGAAGAGGAGGACUAUUGAUCACGGAGACUGGGUGUUUGAGACCAGCUUCACCAGGGACUAUGAGUGGCCUGUGGAGCCUUUGCCGCCUAAGUCGUAG